UGUGCGGUCGAGCGCCCUGUCAAUCAGGUGCUUCCUUUUUUUUCCACUCUGGCUUGGUUGCUCGGCGGCUGACCUACUAACACACAUCUCGGGCACCAGCAGCAGCAGACGUGCGGCUUUAUGUGGAGAGGCAAGGCGAGGUUUUCAAUGGGAAGUCGAAAAGAGCGAGCUACAAAGUAAACCCGGGAGCACUUUCACUGUUCGCAACGAGCUUUGCUUCGGCAUUUACUGAUCGCAUUUGAUCGUGCUUCGCGAGUACAAAGGAGUAUGUUGUAGGCGUUGGUGUUGGGAACACGUGAAGGGCAGCGGCUGCAUUCCUUUGUUCAGGGUGGAUUGGAGUGAAGAGCAAGUCGAAGAGCUGAAUGAGGAUGAAUCAGCCGCAGGAUCAGCUCGGAUGCUGCUUUAGUCACGUAUUCUGACUCUCACUGUCGCAAUCCAAUGAGAGGGAAAGAAAACACACACAGACAGAGGUCAUCGAUAAAAUUACAGUGCAAUUGACAGACUCCUUCUAGCAAGUCCAAAAAAUAAUUUUUGCAGCUUUGUUUGAAAUCUAACCGGUAAUGAAGAUCUGGGUAAGGUUAAGGUUUCAGAUUUGUUUGUAUUGCAAACAGUGAAAGUUUAGGAAUAGAAGCCUGCUAAUGGAAGCAAACUCUUCAUUGUGGUAUAUUCUAGAAAAUAGUUAAGAACUUUUUGUGUCCCAUCGGUCAUACAUCCACACAAGAACAAAGUUGAUAUAAUGGAAGCUCAGAGACCAGCACUCCAGAAAAAUACAGCAUUGGUUGGAUCUUGCAUUUCUGGAGAACAAAUGGUGGUAUUAGCUCCUGCUUUAGAAAACAUAGCAGAGACUUUUUCUGCAGAGGACAGUUUGCUGAGUGAUGACUUGAGCAUCGGGUCUCUCAAACAAAAAUCAUCAACUUGUCGUAGAAAGCGGGAAUUCAUACCCGAUGAGAAGAAAGAUGCACUAUACUGGGAAAAGAGAAGAAAAAAUAAUGAAGCAGCCAAAAGGUCACGUGAGAAGCGACGUUUGAAUGACAUGGUUUUGGAGAACAAACUGAUGGCAUUAGGUGAGGAAAAUGUAAGACUGAAGUCAGAACUUUUAGCUUUGAAAUUAAAGUUUGGAUUAAUUACUGCGGCAUUUUAUGCCCAGGAGAUACAGAAUCUUGGAAAUUCUCCAGGGCCGUGUUUUCAAGACUAUAAACCCUCCAACAUAAAUUUAGCUUCUUUCCCACCUGACCAUGAACGCAAUUUUCUAGCAAAUGGUUGUAUUUCUGUCAUUAAACACUCACCACCAAGUUCAUUGUCAGAUGUUUCAGAAACAUCUUCAAAUGCCAGGGAAAGUCCUCUUCUCCAAGUUGCAUGCAAAAGCCCAACCAGUACCUUCAAGGUUAUAAAACAAGAGCCUCUGGAAUUCAAACUAGAUUCUAGGACCUGCUUAAGGGAAUCCAGUGAGGAUAAUGGUUCAUAUGUUGCAACUGUAUACAGGAACUACAUUGGGAGUGCCUUCAGUGGAAAUUAUUCCCAUUCGCCACCUUCUUUACAGAUUACUAGAUCAUCAAGUAAUUCCCCAGGAACAUCAGAAGCUGAUGAAGGCAUCCUAGGGAAAAAUACAUCUGAAGAGGAUGGAGAAGAUGAACAGCGAGUACCAAAAGGCCCAAUUCCCUCACCUGUAGAACCAAAAAUUGUGAGCAAUGCCACAGUUAAGGUCCCUGAAUCAAACUCUUCUGCACUGCCUCAUAAGCUUCGUAUCAAGGCUAGAGCAAUACAGAUUAAAGUAGAGAAUGUGGAGGCUUAUUAUGAAACGGCGGAAAAACAACCAUCUGCCACCAAUAUUUCCGCUGAAAGAUCUUGCGCAUUAGACAGUGCAACAAUGUUUAAAUGCAAUUCCUCAAAGCCAGUGAACUCUUCCCUUGCUCCUUUGUCUAUUCAAGUAGCAAGCAUCAAUGAUUGGUCUCAGAAACCAGAACUUUGGCGUCAAAAAGAAAUUGAAGAGAAAUUGGAAGGGGCAAUUAAAAAUGUUCAGCCAUGUUCUCCAGUUGCACUAACAAACCAAUUGGUUAAUGCUGGGAAGGACUCUACUUGCAAUGGCAUUCAUCAAGGGGUACACUUGGAAUCUGAGAACUUGUACUUAAAACAAGGUAUUGCAAACUUAAGUGCAGAAGUUGCAUCAUUGAAAAAACUGAUAGAAAAGCAGCAGGUUACUGCUUCGGACUCUGGCAAAAGCUCUACUGAGAAAAGAUUUGCCAACUGAGAUUCCCAGCUGAAGUAGAGUAGUACAUUUUAUACUAUGCUAAAUUUUCACUGGAACUGUUGUCAUUUCACUGUAGUUAAAUUGUAAUUUCUUGUAAAUGCUUCUGUAUGUUCUGAACUGUACAUUAUGAAAUUUGUCUUUUGUGGACUUUGUGAUAAACAUCGUAUGAUGAAAACAUUCACUUCUGUACAUUCAAAUGCCUGAUGCAAUGCUACAGACGAAUCUUUUACCAUUUUGUUUUAUCAGACAUCAAAAAGCAAAAUAUCAGGUACAACAAUUAAACAGUUGAUGAAUAAUGAGGCUUGCCUG